GCGCCGCCUCCCUCCCCGCCCGUUCCAACACCCUCCGGGAACUACUUUGCCCGCUGCCUCCGGCUCACGGGCUCGUCCGCGGGUAAGGCCCCGCUGCCUACACGCAACUCAUCACAUCGCCCCUCCCUCCCCCACCGCCCGGCGUGACUCUCCCAGUGGCCUGAGCUCUCCUCCCGAUCCCUUCGAGGGACCAGGAAGGGGAAUGUGGGGCUCCGCUUGAUAUCCCUCCGCCGGGGUCACCCCCUCCCCUCCGUGGCAGCAGGAACUAAUUCCCCUUCGGGUCACCGGGGACCUGAGGGUGGAAAUCUCACGGAUCAGUGUUCCCUCUGACUCUCGGGAGAAGGGGCCAUCACCCUAAGGAAGAAACCCCCUGCUAGCUCAAAACCGGGUUCGAUUUAAACUAGGGCUUUGGCCCCAUGACCCCAAUCAAGCCCCGCCCCUUCCUGGUUGUCUUAGCGACGGCGGUGGCGUCCCAAGAUGGCGUCGUGGCUGCCGGAGACUCUGUUCGAAAUUGUAGGACAAGGCCCAGCGCCGAGCAAAGACUAUUACCAGUUAUUGGUCACCCGGUCCCAGGUAAUCUUUAGAUGGUGGAAGAUCUCUCUGAGGAGUGAGUAUCGAUCAGCAAAGCCUGGAGAAGCAAAAGACACUCACGAAGAGUUCCUAGAGAACUCCCACCUCCAAGUUCAAAUUGCCUUAAUAUUUGGUGCAAGAGUAUUAGACUAUGUCUUCAAUUUAUGUGAAGGUAAAUUUGACUUCCUUGAACGGCUCUCAGACAAUUUGCUCCUGAGUAUCAUUUCUUAUCUGGAUCUUGAAGAUAUUGCCAGGCUUUCUCAAACAUCACGCAGAUUUGCAAAGCUGUGCAUGUCGGACGAGCUGUGGGAGAAGAUAGUUCACUCUUGCUGUGACACCAUCACACCUGACAUGAGGGCCCUGGCCAAGGAUAUGGGCUGGAGGCAGAUGUUCUUCACCAACAAGCUGCAGCUCCAGCGGCAGAUCCGCAAGAGGAAACAGAAACAAGGGAGCCAUAGAACCAGUCACCUUUAGGGACAUAUCUUCCCACCUGCAGGAGGGCCGAGAGACGGCUGUCUUUUUCUCCUGCGUCCCAAUCUCUUCUGUUUCCUUCGACUGAGCACUAAGAUUUCCUUCGAUUUGAACUGGCUGGUUCAAGGACCCACCCGAGAAGCAUACCCAGCCGGUGUUGGCCCACGGGUGCACCAAAACCCGACUCGGCAGUGCCUUACCUAAACCGCAGUCUCCUGCAGUGAGGGUCAAGUCCGUGGCCCCUGCAAAGGGCUGCAUGACAGGAAGCCCUUGAUACCCAUAAGAAAAGAGGCUUCUGCUAUACAGGAAACAAACAAUAAAUGAUUAUUAGCAGGUUUUUUUUUUUCUACUA